AUGGCCACCCGUCACUGCUACAUUGUGAUCUCUCCCGAUCCCAGGCAUUGGGCCCCAGUUCAGCCAGCUCACGCCCAAAUACCUGGUACCACCGUGCCAAUCCCCGCUCCUCCGGGCGGAAAUUUCUUCAUUAAAAUUGGCAGUCAGACGGGAGCAAAUGGCGCGAGGGCGUCAUACCGCCGGGCUAAUCCGUCAUUCUAUUGGAGCAAUAUUGAAGUGACGAACUACGUUGCACCGCCUGCGCCCAACAACACCAGAACGCUGGGGAAGCAGCUCGAAAUCGAUGUCAUCGGAGGCUUGCCCGCACGAAUGCUUGCUGCUGGCCUACCCGGCGAGGUGUUCAAGCACAUUCAGCACGGAGAGGAGUGGUAUUACUGCUUCAACAACCAAGCGUUCUUGUUGGCGUUAAUCAACUAUUUGGAGAACAACAAGGUUCCCGGGCAGGACUUUGUGCGGUUCGCGACCACCAAUGCUGCGAAGGUGGCGAUUGAGCAGUGGUUCCGGACGGCUUGA